UCGAGAAGCCUUUCCGUCCACCUACCACCAAGCAAAACCAACCUCACAAGCCAGACUCGCCGUCGGUUCCUCCCCGCGACCAUCGGAAGCAUCCUCUGCACAAAGGGCCCCGUCUUCUGCUCCUUUGCGUGGCUCUGUUCUACUUGUCCCCCCUCCUCUUGCAUCCCCCUCACCUCCCCAUAUCCCUUUUUUCGCUGAUUAUCCCCUGAACUACAUCUACUGUCCCGGGUUCGACCCCUGCUUCUUCUCGCAACAUCUCGGUUCAUUCUUCUAUUCAAAUCCACUUCGGUUUUUCAUUUACAAAAGAUGUCCUGGCAAGCUUAUGUUGAUACAAGUCUCGUCGGCUCUGGCCACAUCGAUAAGGCCGCCAUCUUCGACAACCAAGGCACCAGCGUUUGGGCAACGUCUGCCGGAUUCUCGGUCUCUCCGGCAGAGGUGAAAGUCAUCGUCGACUCCUUUAAUCCCGUAUCUGGCGAUGCGAUCAAGGAAGUGCAGUCCGGCGGAUUCUUCGUCGGUGGAGACAAAUACGUUGCUCUACGAUCAGACGAGUCUCGCCUCUAUGGCAAGAAGGGCAAAGAAGGCGUCGUGAUCGUGAAGACGAAAAAAGCUCUCCUCAUCGCACAUUACCCGGAAACCGUCCAACCCGGCGCCGCGACUAACACGGUGGAAACUCUCGGCGACUACCUCAUCGGAUUAGGUUAUUAGACAGACUUGCAUGAACCACUGGUCAUGAGUCAACAGUACAUAAUUGAGGCCCAAAUACGGCUUGUUUUCAUUGUCGCGAAUGCAAAACAGACGAUGUGCGAUUAAGCCCAGAUACAUCUAUUAGAAAAUUGAAUCUCUGGUUGACGGGGAUACUGGCUCCCGGUCCUUUUUAUAAUAUUUAUUUUAGUUCAAAUCAAUCCCAUAGGCAAGAUUGCUUGA